GAGGUCUUUUGUCGAAAUAAGCGUGCGCAGCUGCUCUGACUUUUAAAUUCACAUGACGGUAUUUUUUCAACUGUUUCAACUGAAACACAUUAUUGGGAAGCAUUCUGGUGACAUUGAGGAUCGGGAAUUAACUUUUUCAUGAUUUUUCUUUAAGUCGUUGCACGUUUCUAUAACGCCAUCGCGAUCAGAGCAGAAUGGAAGUUUACAGUAAGCGGCGUGAAGUUUGUUGAUAUGUUAGACGGGCUCGUAGAACAUGAGCAGCAGCUGCCAUCAAACUUUCCAGUUGACUCACUAGAUUAUAUGAAAUGCAAACCUUACAUACCUACGGCAUUUUUAAUCCUUUAAUGAAUUUUUUAAUAGUGAUUAGAGUAAAAUCACGGCAUAAUAGUAAAGUUUAAAUAUUAUUUAAUCAUUGGUAGUAGAUAAAAGGGAACUAAAAGUAUAUGUCAAGCAAACGGGAGCCAUAGUAUGUACUGUAUCCGCUAAACCGUUCGGAUAUUUCAGUAUUUAUAACUUCUGAAUAGAUGUCGCUGGAUAAUUUAAACUGUUUCAACCCGAAUUGGGCGUCUGUCAGGGUGGUCCGACCUUUCCGCCGCCGAGGAAUAGAUUAUAAGUGGGUGGAUCUGUAGUGUGUGUGUAUGAUACCAGGUAAGAUUGCUGAAUGAUAAAAGGAUUUAUGAAAUUAUCAUUCAAUUUGGCACAAGCAAAAUUAGAUCUAUGUGCACAAAUUAGAGAGGAAAGUAUCUUCAGUGAAAGGCGUCGGCUUCUUUUGUAGUCGCUAUAAGUCCAUAUGUUCAUCCUAUCCUCUGUCCUGGCAAAGUCCUGGGAAUGAUGGAGUCAUCGCAUGUAACACAAAUGUACUAUAGAGAAGACAGCGGCACGGUGGCUCUGUAUGCUUCCAAAGAUGCGGACAAUCCUAAAAAGGGACGGCUGUCUCUGGAUCGCUUGGUGGACAGAGUUCUUGUGGGAUCUGUGUGCCACCAGCAGGGACGGAUGCGCGUCUUUGGUGUGAAGGGUCCUCCCACCCACCGGCUGUCUUGUGGGCAGUCUCCCAGUUCAUUGACCAGAAUAUGGAAGGAGAAGGUCUGCCUUCUCACUGACAGUCAGUUUAUCCUGGUGAGCAUGGAAGAAGAGAUGCUCAUGGGGAGUCAUACAGCGUCCAGCAAUCGAAUUUUGAGACGAACCAUCAGUGUGCCAUCUGAGGGACAGCUGCAAGACUACAUCCCAGCAAAACCCCUAAACCUGGAAGGAUCAGCUGAGCGAUCACCCAGAAGACAGAGCAUAUCAGGACUGGAAAGUGCAGAAAAGAAAAAUUCAAUGGAAGGAUUCAUCUCCUCUCCUUUCAAAGUCCCAGGUUUUUUCAGCAAACGUUUGAAAGGAUCCUUCAAGAGGACAGAGAGUCAGUCUAAACUGGACAAGAGCUCAAGCAUUCGGCUCCCUUCUUUGAGAAUCAUUGAUAAUGACAAGACUCGAGGCCUGUCGAAACUGAACGAUUCACACCCUGACUCGCUCCUUAAUCCAGAAAGUGCAGUUGAGAUUUUGGACCUGACCAGAGAGGAGGAUGUCAUGAUUAAGCCCUUGCACAGCAGCAUUCUGGGUGAAGAGUUUUGCUUUGAGGUGACUUACUCUAGUGGGAGCAAAUGUUUCAGCUGCCCGUCAGCAGCUGAGCGGGACAGAUGGAUAGAAGACUUAAAGCGAACGGUGCAUCCUAACAAGGACAACUGCAGACGAACUGAGAAUUUGCUUCAGCUUUGGAUUAUUGAGGCCAAGGAUUUCCCGGCCAAAAAAAAGUACUUUUGUGAGGUGUGCUUGGAUGAUGUCCUUUAUGCCCGCACUACCAGCAAGGCAAAAUCUGGAAACCUUUUUUGGGGGGAGUAUUUUGAGUUUUCCAGCCUUCCAAAUGUUUCCAGUCUUACUGUCCACAUCUACAAGGAUAUCGAUAAAAAGAAGGAUAAAAAUAACUAUGUGGGCCUGGUUAAUAUUCCAACUGGGGGCAUUAAAGGUAGAUCUUUCACAGAGAAGUGGUACCCUGUCAGUACUCCUACAGCAAGCAAGGGGAAGGUGGGGGGGCCUACGAUCCGCAUCAGGUUGCGCUUUCAGGGUGUCCCCAUCCUGCCAAUGGAGCAGUACAAGCAGUUUGCAGAGUUCAUCACCAAUAAUUACAGUAUGCUCUGCUCUGUAUUGGAGCCUGUAAUUAGUGUGAGAAGCAAGGAAGAAAUGGCUUCUGCCCUGGUCCACAUCCUUCAGAGCACAGGGAAAGCUAAGGACUUUCUCACUGAGCUGAUCAUGUCUGAGGCAGCCACCUGGGUGCACCAUGAUGUGCUCAUCUUCAAGGAGAACACACUGGCUACCAAAGCUGUUGAGCAGUACUUGAAGUUGGUAGCCCAGAAGUACCUACACCAUGCCCUAGGGGAAUUUAUAAAAGCACUGUAUGAGUCUGAUGAGAACUGUGAAGUGGACCCCAGCAAAUACACAAGCUCUGACCUUCGGGAGCACCAAAGCAAUCUGAAGAUGUGCUGUGAGCUGGCCUUCUGCAAGAUCAUAGGCUCAUAUUGUGUUUUUCCACGGGAGCUUAAGGAGGUCUUUUCAGCAUGGACGGAACGCUGCUGUUCCCUCGGGAGACCGGGCAUCAGCAAGCACCUUAUCAGCUCCUCACUUUUCCUGCGGUUCCUCUGCCCUGCUAUCAUGUCGCCAUCACUCUUUAGCCUCACGCAGGAAUACCCAGACAACCGCACUUCCAUAACACUGACCCUCAUCGCAAAAGUCAUUCAGAACCUGGCGAACUUCACUAAAUUUGGCAACAAAGAAGAGUAUAUGACUUUCAUGAAUGACUUCUUGGAGAAGGAAUGGGCCACCAUGAAUCACUUCCUGAAUGAGAUCUCCAACCCGGACAACAUCUCCAGCACUACAAGCUUUGAAAGCUACAUUGACCUGGGCCGCGAGCUUUCAGCCUUGCAUUCUCUCCUUUGGGAGGUAGUGCCACAGUUAGACAAGAAGACGCUGGCCAAGCUUGGUCCGUUGCCCCAGAUAUUGAGUCACAUCAGCCAGUGUGUGUCCAGCCCCACGCCAGUCUCACUGCAACUGCACCAUACCCAGAACCACAGCUCCUCCGUAAACAUCAGCAGCAGUAUUUCCCUCAGCCUGCAGAAGAUAGAUGAAGAUCCUACCAGCAGUGAGAUGCCUGUGCAGUCUACAGUCCAGAAGAAUGUAGACAGCAUCUUCCCAAUGAAGAGUCUCACCACUGGCCAGCAGUCUACAGAAAAGAUGAGAGUUCAUGAAAAGGAGGAUCAGGAAAAUCCUCUUCCCAAUGGCCGUAGCAUUUCUCUGAUGGACCUGCAGGAUCUCCAGCUGAGUCAUGGUGAGGGAAUGCCACAGCGUGAACUCUCUGUCAGGCUCAGCUGCAUGAGCUCUCAGAUGUCUGCCGGCAUCCUGCGACUCCCCAAUGCUUCUCUUCACUCUUUAAAUCUGGGACCUUCGACGCCGAACGACCUGCCCCAAAGUGUCCCACAGAUGCGGAAGCCCCUCCAUCCCACGAUCAAACAGCAGAGCAACUCGCAGCCUCUGUGCUUCCAGAAUCCUGUUUACCAGCUGGUCAAUCUGCCUGCUCAGUCAGGAAAAUCUUUACAUCCAGGCUCGAGCUCAGAGAGUCUCAACAUGGAGAGCUUGCGUGGCCUUAGCUGCUUUAAGGAAUUCUUCCAGAGCAACAUGAGCAUGGCAUCCAACAGCAGCAUAGAAGAAUGUGAUCAUGGAAGAGCGUUAAGCAAGGAGUGCUUUACUGCAUGUCAGCUUGGGCAGCCAGAGCCCGAUACCCUGCCCCAGCCUGCUGGUUUGUCUCCACAGAGUCACUUGAGCACCCAUCAUAUUGUCAUGGGUGCACAAGUAUGCUCUAAUGAUGGGCUCCAGACUCCAUGCUCCCUUCCUCACAGCUCCUCCUUACAGAGCAAGAAAGGCACCAGCAAUGGGGCCCUCCGUAAUGACUGUUCCUGUCAGCAUUCUGCCUCCUCCAGGGACAGCCCAAUACUCCUUGCCAGGGAGUCAAACAAGCAGGUGGCUGUACCUAUCGAAUCAGUCGAAGUAUCCCCAGUGGACAGGACAGCUGCUUGGGUGCUGAAUAAUGGGCAGUAUGAAGAUGAUGAGGUGGAAAAGCAUUGCCCAAGUCGGGAUGGAAGCAAGUGUAUAAAAAAGUAUGAACUUGAAAUCUCCAAGUUGAAAGAACGUCUGCGAGCAUCCAGCCACCGCCUGGGCAAGUACGAGCACUGCCUUCUGACUCAGGAACAGCAGAUGCAGAAGCUGCUGCUUGACUACAAAGUGCGUCUGCAGGAUAGUGAGGAGAGAUUGCGGCGGCAGCAAGAGGAGAAGGACAUCCAGAUGAAGAGCAUCAUCUUUCGAUUGAUGACUGUAGAAGAUGAACUGAAGAAAGACCAUACAGAGAUGCAGGCAAUCAUAGAUGCCAAGCAGAAGAUUAUUGAAGCACAGGAAAAAAGGAUCAUUGCAUUGGAUGCUGCUAACUCCCGGCUAAUAAGCACCCUCACGCAGGUGAAGGAGUGUUACAAAAUACAGAAUUUGUGCAACAAUAUCUCACACACAAGCCCCAUCAAACUGUCCAUCACUGAGAAUGGCGAGUUCAAAAACAGCGGCAGCUGAACAGGUGCUUUCCAGCUGCAAGAUCUUUGGCAACAUUGUGGGGAAUGGAAUCAGAAUGUAUAAAUAUAUUCGCAUUGCACAGAAAUUUAAAAGCUGAGAAAAUCUGAAAAUAUGUUUUUUCCUUUUUUGAAAGAAAUGGGUGAUAAUAUACUGAGCUGUAUUUGUAAAUGUUUUUCUUCAUUGCAGCAGAGGUGAUGUAAAAAGUGAUGGAAAAUAUAGGUAGCUUUGUGUCUGGGAAAGCAUGAAUUACUAUUGUAUCUAAGAACUAGUGUAUCUAUUUACAGUUUUGCACAUGGUUGUGCAAUUUCAAAAAAGAUUUUAACUAACAAGCCCCAGUUUCAUAAAUAUUUCCUGGCUCAGCUUGCUAAUAAAAUUUCUGGCAAAAGACUC